GGUUGUUCCACAAGGACGCUCAUAAACACACACGACACGAGCACACACACAGCCGUCAGUCGUCAAUUAUUAAACACACACAGGAUUAUGUUCGGUGAGACACACACAGAAACGGCUGGUCCUGAACAUCAACACUGCAUCUGCUGAUUUUUCCCUCAGGAUUAUUGCUCUUCCUGAGGACUUUUAACUGGCUCUGAUGGACACAGCUGCUCGUCUAAACCCGUCUGCUGGAGAUACGAGACCGCAGGGCUCUUCAGGCCUCCAGGACCCUCAUCAUGAUGCAGCGGGACACAGAGAUGCAGUGAUUUUACCCAGCGUCCCAGCAUACGACUCGGUCAGCAUCUUCACAGCCGGUCCUGCCAAUGACACCGACAGCAUCCAGACGGCUCAUCUGGCCUACGAAACAGACAGCAACCGCACAAUAAACCCAGCGUUCGACACGGACAGCACACACACACUCCAUCAGCCCUACACAGCGCACAUGGAAGGAGUCCCGGGGCCUGCUGGAGGUGACGGUCCGGCUGGCAGCAUCUCUCUGAAUCCUCCUCCUUACAGCCCGCCGGACCCAAAAACAGCUUACCUCAUGUUCCCCGCACCGCUACAGCAUUACUCAAACCAACCGGUUAUCGCCUGCCAACCCGCCAAUCCACCCGCUUUCUACCCGCCCUCAUUCCUGCCACCGUCCACCUACCCAUCAUACACCAUAUAUAUGAACGGGCCGCCACCACCGCCGCUGGGAGAAGAGCAGCAGCCGUUACCUAAAGAUUACCUGGUGGAGUCUCUGCUGGUCACCAUCUUCUGCUGCAUCAUGAGCGGACUCUUCGCCGUCAUGUACUCGUAUGAAACCCGUGCGGCGCUGAGCAGAGGCGAUAUCCGAGAAGCAGAGAAAACGUCCCAGAAGGCCCGGCUGCUCGUCAUGUUCAGUCUGAUGUUCGGCGUCUUCAUCUUUGUGGGCUGGAUUGUUUAUGUGGUGAUCGUCCUCUGUGCAUAAACAUGACUGACGCUACAGCAUGCAGCAUUUACAGUUCAACAUACAGUUAUUAUCGAAUUUAUCGUGAACGUUUUUAUAUGUCAAACAUUUCCCAAGUUAUAAACAACAAAAUCCUACGUCCAAUGCACUCUAAAUAUAAGAGAAAAAAACAUUCAGUCAUACAUUUCCCUUCAGCUUAGUCCCUA